AUGGACGUCGGCACCGGUACCGGCCUUUGGGCUGUAGAAGGCGGUUGGAUUGAAUUCCAGGACGCUGGCGUCAAAAUCGGAUGCGACGAUCACACGAUACCCGAGCACUAUGCUCCAACAAGAUUCAUGGACCUUUUCGUUCGCACGUUCAGAACUCACUUUUCCUGGGACCUAGGGAUUCCCCUCAUCCUACCCGAGAUUUUAAGAAAUAUUGGUUUCGUCAAUAUCCACUGCCGAACUCACAAGAUGCCCAUCGGGCCAUGGGCCAAGAGUAGGCAUCAGCGAGAAAUCGGUCUCUUCCUGAGUAAGGACGUCUUGUGGCAGCUCGUUCGCGCCGUCCUCGUGAAAUGGCCGCAGAUGGGCCUCACCCAGCAGGAGGCCGAAGCCAUGGAACAGGACAUCCGAAAGGCGUUCCACGACACCAGAAUACAUGCGUACCUGCCGUGGAUCUCCGUCUGGGCCCAAAAGCCUUCCGCUUGA